AAAGCCAGGCCGGGACUCCUAUUGGCUGGAUCAGCUGAGGGUGACGUCACUGGGACGUACUAAGACCAGGGUUGGGCCGGGAAUCGGAGCCAUUACUGCAGGAAAAGGUCCCGCGGAGCGGAGCCGUCAAGAUGUGUGACUUCACCGAGGACCAGACUGCAGAGUUCAAGGAGGCCUUUCAGCUGUUUGACCGGACAGGGGACGGCAAGAUCCUGUACAGCCAGUGUGGGGACGUGAUGAGGGCCCUGGGCCAGAACCCCACCAACGCCGAGGUGCUCAAGGUCCUGGGGAACCCCAAGAGUGAUGAGAUGAAUGUGAAGGUGCUGGACUUUGAACACUUCCUGCCCAUGCUGCAGACUGUGGCCAAGAACAAGGACCAGGGCACCUAUGAGGACUAUGUUGAAGGCCUUCGGGUGUUUGACAAGGAAGGGAAUGGCACGGUCAUGGGUGCUGAAAUCCGGCAUGUUCUUGUCACCCUGGGUGAGAAGAUGACGGAGGAAGAAGUAGAGAUGCUGGUGGCAGGGCAUGAGGACAGCAAUGGUUGUAUCAACUAUGAAGAGCUCGUCCGUAUGGUGCUGAAUGGCUGAGGACGUUCGAGCCCUGUGUCUUCCCCUGUGUGAGACUGCAUGUAGCCCUGAAGGCGUCCUAGGUCCUCCUCUCACAGCACCUUCGCCAGCUCGUCUCUCUUGGAUGAUAUUUGCUGUCAGCAUUCACCAAAUAAACUUGCUCUGUGCCCUAA